GGUUAUAAAAUAAAGAGGGAGGAUUAAGAGAGAGAGAGAAGGGGGAAAAAGGGGACCUCUAAAAGAUUUAGCUCUCAAAGCCAAUACCAAAGCUUCCUCUGAUUUGCAGAGAGAAUCCAAAGGACGACUAAUAGACAGAGAGAGAGAGAGAGGGAGAGAGAAGCAUACAACUAAGAACGCGAAGAACAGACACAGAGAUAGAUAGAUAGAGAGAGAGAGAGAGAGUUAAGAUUUUGAAAAUACCUACCAAGUCCUUUCUCUUCUUAUCCAAUUCAGACAUGUUGGAGGGUCGGUCCUGUCUGGUAUCGAGGUUGUUUGGUAGCUCCUGCCAGCCAGAAUCCCAGUGGCCUUUCAUGUCUUUACGGCCCAGCGGCAAGCACCCUGUAGAUGGCUCUGAGGACGAUUAUCGACCAAUUAAGUACCCAAGGUUAUCAUAUUGUCGCGAAACCGCAGAGGAGCAAUCUGAUGAUGAUCGAGCAGGGCAGUCUUCUGAUUCCGAUCCUCUUAUUGAUGCCAUUGGCCGUGACAUGUCUAUCAAUUGUCUCAUUCGCUGCUCUAGGUCGGAUUAUGGGUCGUUAGCUUCUCUGAAUAGAAGUUUCCGGUCUUUAAUUAGGAGCGGUGAGAUAUAUAAACUGAGGCGGCAACGUGGUGUUACUGAACAUUGGGUGUAUUUCUCUUGUCACUUGCUUGAGUGGGAGGCCUUUGAUCCCAUUUCCCGCCGGUGGAUGCAUUUGCCUAGGAUGCCGUCCAACGACUGUUUCAUGUGUUCCGAUAAAGAGUCCUUGGCUGUGGGUACUGAGCUUCUUGUAUUUGGUAAGGAGGUGAUGUCCCAUGUUAUAUAUAGGUAUAGCAUUUUAACUAAUUCCUGGUCUUCUGGGAUGACUAUGAAUGCUCCCAGAUGCUUAUUUGGGUCUGCCAGUCGUGGUGAAAUUGCAAUUUUAGCUGGUGGUUGUGACUCUCAGGGAAAAAUCCUGAGCUCAGCAGAGAUGUAUAAUUCUGAGAAUCAAAAAUGGGAGACACUGCCGAGCAUGAAUAAACCAAGGAAGAUGUGUUCAGCAGUGUUUAUGGAUGGAAAGUUCUAUGUCAUUGGUGGAAUUGGGGGAAGUGAAAUGAAGCUUCUUACAUGUGGAGAGGAGUAUGAUCUAGAAACAAAGAAGUGGACUGAAAUUCCUAAUAUGUCUCCUGGACGGGGUGGUGCCGCCAGAGAUAAUGAAAUGCCUGCAGCUGCUGAGGCUCCACCUUUGGUGGCGGUAGUAAAUAAUGAACUAUAUGCUGCUGUUGAUAUGGAGGUCAGGAAAUAUGACAAGGAGAAAAGGUCAUGGUUCAAGGUGGGUGCAUUGCCUGAGCGUGCCGUCUCAAUGAAUGGUUGGGGCCUUGCAUUUAGGGCAUGUGGAGAUCGGCUUAUCGUUAUCGGGGGACCUAGGACUCACGGUGAAGGUUUUAUAGAGCUCAAUUCGUGGGUUCCAAGUGAAGGUUCUCCGCAAUGGAACACGCUUGCCCAAAAGCACUCGGUUAACUUUGUGUAUAAUUGUGCUGUGAUGGGAUGCUGAGGAAUUGGAUUAUGAGGGUACCAUGUUAACUACUAUGAUGCCUCAUUCUAGUGGGAUGUACAAGAUUUUUUUGUCCUCCAACACAACUGUCUUGCUAAUGGUAAUUCCCCCUUAUUUCUUUUUUCAUAUCUUUUCCCUUUUGGUGGGGAGAUGGGGAAGAAGUUCAGAUUUUACUCGAGAUUCAAUAGAAUGUUUUCUUGAAAGGAAGUCUUGAUUUUUUUUUACUUUUACAAAAACUUCAGUUACAUUUUCUUUCAUUGGAUUCGUGUCUUCCCCAUUUUUAGUGACAUGAGAAAAUUCAAAGGUUGAUGUCAUGUAGCAGAGAAAUAGGUUUAAUAAUGUGAAGCACCAACACAUUUAGUAGGUUGUCGUUAGUGUUUGCAGAGGCAAUUUCUUUUUUCCUUUUCUAGAAACACAGAACUGGUUAUAUGGGUUUAAUGAUCCUUAAUUUUCUUGGCAUUACGUUCAAGGCAGGAAAUAAAUUCUGAGAGGUUGUUAUCUGGGAUGGGGGUUUAUGUACUGAUUACAUUUAUCAUUGCAAAUGAUAGGGCUAUAUAUUAUGAGAUUCACUUUUGUAA